CAAAGAUAAAAAGGCAACGAUCAUGGCAAGCAAAAGCCUCCUCUCACUCUCUUCACCACUUUCACCAAGUAAAGUAGCGAACCAGAACAAAUACAACAACAACAACAACUCUAUUCAGAAAGCUAUCCACCACCACAAAGGCCUAACAAAAACACACCUUUUCGAGCGAUGAGAGUUCCCGUAUCCUCAUCAUCAUCAUCUACACAAGCCAACACAUCAAAACUCGCCCAAAACGUGAUCCUCCACACCACCCCUCCUAAUCCCAACACCAUCAACAACAACAAUCAAAACCUGUGCUACGAGCCCAAAUCAGUGCUUGAUCUUUGUCGUAGUCCAAGUCCUGAGAAGAAAACCACUGCUCCAAAGCCAGAACCAGACGAACAACAACAUAGUAUAGAAGAACAAUUGGAAGAUCAUGUGUUGCCUAAUUUGGACUGGUGGGAUUCCAUAAUGAAGGAUUUGGGUUUACACGACGAUUCUACAACACCCCUUUUGAAGACUAAUUCUGAUAGUUCUUCUCUUAAUUCCAAUCCAUGCCUCCCUGAAAUUUACCCAAACCAACCCUUUGAUCAACCUCAAGACUUCACCAGCCUCUCUGAAAUUUACUCCAAUCAAAGCCUGGCCUAUAAUUUCACCAACACCACCACCCCUAGCCCCAGUUUAGACCCUUCAAUUCAUGACUUCAACCCACAAACACACAACAACAAUUGGGAUUUCAUCGAAGAGCUAAUCCGCGCCGCGGAUUGCUUCGAUAGCAACCAGCUCCAGCUCGCUCAAGCGAUACUGGAGCGGCUCAACCAACGGCUUAGAUCGCCGUCGGGUAAGCCGCUCCAUAGAGCCGCUUUCCACUUCAAAGAUGCUCUGCAAUCGCUUUUGUCCGGCUCGAACCGGACAAAUGCACCGCCAAGGCUUUCAUCCAUGGCGGAGAUUGUGCAGAGCAUCAGGAUCUUCAAGGCCUUUUCAGGAAUUUCACCGAUCCCGAUGUUUUCCAUCUUUACCACCAAUCAAGCUCUGCUUGAAGCGCUUCAUGGUUCUUUGUUCAUGCACGUUGUGGAUUUCGAGAUCGGCCUCGGAAUCCAGUACGCUUCUCUCAUGAAGGAGAUCGCCGAGAAGGUCGGUGCGGGGAGUGGCUCCGCCACGCUCCUCCGCAUCACCGCCGUGGUUCCGGAAGAGUGCGCCGUGGAGAGCCGACUCGUUCGGGAGAAUCUCAACCAGUUCGCGAACGAUGUCGGAAUCCGCGUCCAGGUCGACUUCGUUCCGCUCCGGACCUUUGAAUCGGUGUCGUUUAAGGCCGUCAGGUUCGUCGACGGCGAGAAGACCGCCGUGCUGUUGUCACCGGCGAUUUUCAUCCGCCUCAGUGCCGGAGCCAGCGGAGGAAAUGGAAUCGCGGCGUUUCUCGCCGACGUGCGGAGGAUAUCUCCAGGCGUGGUGGUGUUCGUCGACGGCGAGGGAUGGACGGAGGCGGCGGCAGCGUCAUCAUUCCGCCGCGGCGUGGUAAACAGCCUGGAGUUCUACUCGAUGAUGCUGGAGUCCUUGGAUGCUUCGGUCGCGGCGGGAGGAGGUGGCGACUGGGCGCGGAGGAUAGAGAUGCUUCUACUGCGUCCGAAGAUCUUCGCGGCGGUGGAAGCUGCCGGAAGAAGGUCUCCGCCGUGGCGAGAGGCGUUUUACGGCGCCGGGAUGAGGCCGGUGCAGUUGAGCCAGUUCGCGGAUUUUCAGGCGGAGUGUUUGUUAGCGAAGGUGCAGAUCAGGGGGUUCCACGUGGCGAAACGGCAGGCUGAGUUGGUGCUUUUCUGGCAUGAGCGGGCCAUGGUUGCCACGUCAGCUUGGCGGUGUUAGAAGGCAUAGAGAACAAUGGAGAAAUAAUUUUACCUUGUAUUAGCUUGCGAGAAUGUUGUUACUGUUAACUUUUAGUUUAUCAUGCAAAACUUGAGAUAUUUCAGAAAAUGGGGAAAACAUAAACUUGUAUUGGUCCCAGAGUAUUUUGUCCUUAUAAUCUAAAUUGUUACUAGCAAAAUAACUAUGUAAAUCCAUAAUUCAGUCUUAAACCAAUGUUUUUUCAUAAUUCAUAAA